AUGUGAAGGGUUCAUGUCCUCCUCACAUGCUGGUUGUCCCCCUGCGGUCUGCUGAGCCGACACAGGUGACCACCUUCCCUCAGGUGGAGGUGGCUGCCGACUGCCUUUAGGGGCUGCACAUCGGGCAGCUCAGGUGGCCUGGAAACCCCCAUCUGCCCCCUGCAACACACACUGAAGGCAACAGUUUUAUUUUUGGAGCGGCAACGGGCACUGUGGCUCGCUCCCUAAGGCUGUAGUUCACUUCAGGAUGAGACGGCCCUGUGGCACUCUGAGCCGGGAUUAACAAGCAGAGAGCAGUUUGUCCCGACAGCCGCUCGCCGAAGCCUGUCCAGCAAAACACAAGCAAAACCUGUUUCCACUGCAGGAAUCUGAAAUGCUGAUGGAAGUCAGCUACACUAACGGGCUGGAGCCUGACCUUUCCCAGCAAUAUCCUCCGCCCUUGCUGCCAAAACCAGGCAAAGACAAUGCGAGGCUUCAGAAACUCAAGAAGAAGAGAGCCAAGAAAAAAGGCAGUCUGUCUCAGACGCCCAUCCCCUUUCGCUCCUGUUUGUCACCUGUCAACGAAGCAAGCACAGACCUCGAGCACAGUGACCAGUCCAGCCCACCAAAGACACCAGAUUCAGUCUACAUUGCAGACUCCUCAGUGUCCAGUUUCCCCUUUGGCUCCCUUUAUGAUCACUGUGCACCUGCAUUCCCUCAUCCUCAGAGCAACCCCUAUGGUCAAACUGGCAGCUUGCCCCCUCAGUCCUACACAGCUCAGAAAAGGACUUCUGAAGAGCUGGUGGCUCCACUGUAUGAGUGCUCCUCGUUUUUAUUUGAUGAGGUGACUCCUUUGAUGAUGCGACCUUUGGCUUCACCACCCCUAUCACCACCUGAGCAGGUCCCAGCACCACCUCCUCCUUCUGGUGUCAAUUUAAACAUGACACCAAAUUCCCAUGGGUCAGUCACAACAGUCCCUUCAGUUGCUGUGUCGCUGUCCAGCCCUAAAAUAUCAACUCACAGCCUGACCCUAUUCCCAUUGACCCCCAACUGUGGCCCAGGCCCAGCACCUUCUCAAGUUGCAGACCUACCUCCUGUUCCAGUGCUGCUAUCACUUUCAAACACCCAGACACAACGUUUUAUUCCCAGCCAGGGGGAGACAAACACCGCUUCAAAGGACAGCCCUCAGAACCAGACAUCGUCUUGGACUGCCAGACCUACCAGUAAUGGCAACUUUGUACCAAGCCAGAUGUCGCCUGAAAUAACGGCCUCAAAAAUAUCACUUGUUGAAGCAGUGAAAGAGACAAGACCUGCCCAACAAACCAGGAUUUAUACAUCAAAGGCAACAUUUUAUGAAAUCUCUAAACCUCCCUCCAUCCAGGACCUUACAGUAACAAAUGCUACUUACCAGGGAGAAUCAUUAUCUGCUGUACAUGGGGACAAAACAGUUGUGUCAGCAGUGAAAACUGAUCAGAAACUGUCUGUAUCCAGGACCCAAAGUGGAAGACCUAAGACCCCCUCUUGUAAACCAGCUCAAGUAUCCACACCUAUAUUUGAAAUAUCCAAACCUAAUCCGCUUUUAUUUGCUGCAAGUCCAGCUUUCAACUGCUCCCAAGAUUUGCAAGCUCCCGCUAUUCCUAACGAGACUCUACGACACAAAUCAGCAAUUCAAACUAGUGGUACAAGUAAACCUCCUGUUGCCACAGAAGAACUUAAGCAAACUGAUGUUAAUCACAUGACUUCCAUCAAACAAGCCAGCAAUAACAAAGAGAUAGAGAUUCAACAAACUCAAAGAAGUACAGUCAGUCUCAGCGUUGCCAAUACAGGGCUGUACCACAGAGAGAAUUUAGCAUCAAGUAUCAGUGCACCUGAAUCUGCUGUGGUCAAACCAACACUGAUAGAAGCAAUCACCCCAAAAUUAAAAUCAUAUGAAGUUGCAGAAAGUGAAGCUUCACCUUUGCCAAAGGUUCCAUCAUUUCUCUCUGUACCAAAGACUUCAGAUCUAAACCCUACACCAGUGAUUUCAGUGCAAGCACCAAUUAGUCCAAGUCCCAUGUCGCCCACUAAUCGACCUCCUGUGUUUGAGGCACGCAAGUCCUUGUCGUCACUAUUGGAGACUCAAAUGUCAUUAGCGACCUCAAAGCCCAAAUCACGAUCAACAUAUUACGGACUUACUCCAGCUGAGUAUGUUGCCUAUGGCGGGAUUAGGACUAUCGCAUCUCAUCACAGUCCUGUACCCUGCAGGGUUAAUGAAACCUCAUCAAACAAAGCACAGUCAGAAGUAGCUGUUGAUGAAUCACACAUCUCAAAGUAUGAUGCAACACAACAACUCAAUGGGCAUCAAGACCUUUCCGCUUCAGUGGAGGUUUCUGCUGCUCAGAGUUUACAACCUCUGUCAUCUCCAAAGGAUUCAGAGCAUCCACCUGAACGGACGGUCACAUGUAGCAAAGAUGUGUUUGAGGAAAGUCACUCUGAAGCUCACAGUACUGGAAUACAAUCACUUAAACCGUCUAGCAUGGACACAAUAAAACCUGAGUUCCAUCUUGGCUUGGCACAGAAAACAAUGCAACAAUCCACAAGUGAUGUAUCCACACCAAAAGCCUUAUACUCUGAGGCUUCAAUACCAAUACCUAAAGCAGGUGAGGUACACACACAACUAUUUUCUAUAGAGGCAGCACUAAAUAAAACGCAAUGCCUGACUGAUAGCAGUGGUCUGUUGAAUUCCUUCUUGCCUUUACUGAAAGUAGAUUCAAUGGCAGAAAAACAGCAUAGUGCAAAAGGGAUAAAUGCAAUAGGGAAUGGUGACAAUCUUGACAAAACACCUACAAAAGGAGAAUUCAAGGUCACAAAUGCAAAACAACAGUCAGGACUAAUAGAGGUAGUGCCGGUCCAAUCUUACCAAACUGCUGGUGAAGUCAGUCCAUCAACAGUCAAUGGUUUCAAUGUUCAACUCACUGCAAAGCCUGACCAAAAAAACCCGGUUGUUCAAUCCCUUGCUACAAAGUUAGAGCCCAAAUUCCCAGGAAGUGCCAUCAUAAAUGAUGCCUUCAUUUUAGAAAUAAAACAAACAUCCAAACUGGUUUCAGAAACACCACUGUCCAGUAAGGUGGUUACUGAAACCAUCUUACCUCAUCAAAGGGAAAAGGUUAACCAGCAAAGCAAAAAAAGCAGCGAGGUUAUUCUACCCAAUAAGACAAAUGUAGGGAACAUUUUGCCAUCUAUAGCUGCUAAUACAGAACAUAUUCUUGACAAAACAAGCACUGAGCCCCAAUUAUCAAAUAUAGUCUCUAAACCAGUUGUUGUUACCACAGAAUCUACGCUGCCACAUGAGCCUGUCACAGCUUCUGUAUGUUCUGCACAGUCCAGUAUCUGCACAGUAUCUGCAGCAAAGCAAAGCACCAAAUUCAUACAACAGCUCAGUGCAGAAACUCAAAUUUACAGUCAUAGUCAAACAGCAGAAAUAAAGAGAAAUUUUCCUGAAGCAGGUCGCUCUUUGAAAUCGUCUAAAGAACCAACUGUACCAAACCAAUCUGCUGUAAAUACUACACUACUGGGUAAACCUACCACAGAAAUCAAACUUCCAGGCCUAUCCAUCAUUGCAACCAAAUCACACAAUAUGUCAGACAUUAAAUUCCCUUUAGAGACCGGCUCAUCAAAUGUGCCAAUAAAAGAGCCCCAAAAGCCAACCAAAGUUACUGAGAAUAUACUUGUAAGCACACCGAGUAGCAUAGGACCCAGUGGCCGAGAUAAAGUUGUUCAAGGACUACAUUUCUACAAAAACUCUAGCAGAACUACAACAGAGAUUACACAAGCCACUGAAACCACCCUUAAUAUCCCUUUUAAAGAUGCAAUACUGUCUAGCCAAGCAAAUAUAGAAGCCAAACAUCCAGCUUAUAUUAACAGUAACACUAACAGAGUCAGCAGCUCAACAGUAAACACAGAAGGGUAUCCACAACUCACCAAUCAAAGAAUCAGUUUACUGACUGGGAAAAUGCAAGCAGAGCAUCUUCCCACUACAACUAUUAGAGCAGAAAACAUUCAAACAAAACUAGCUUCUAAUCUUUCAAAAGGAAAUGUGGCACUGACUGUACCUAGAAGUGAAGCCAAACUAACCAACACUGCACCAUGCUCAGGAUUAAUAACUGUCAACAAGUCUUCCACAGACACAGUCUCACCUGGACAACCAGCAGGUGUAGAGGCUGUCCAACACAGCAGAUCUACUGCAGAACAGUCAAACAAAUCAAGUUUGGGCAGCAAUGCUCACAGUAUUCAUGCUACUGAAAUCAAUGUCAAGAACAAGCUUCACACAGAAAGUAUUCUGCCAAUGAUGACAGAUCCAGCAGUGAGCAGUAAACCAACAUUUAAUACUGUGCAGGUCAGCAAACCGACCGUGCCGUCUAGCCCUACCAUGAGGCAUGUCCCACCAAAAAGCCCUCAGAUGAGAACAGGGAGAGCUGAGAGUCGAUCUGAAACAAAACUACCCAUUGAUGCAAAAUCUGUUUCUGGCUCUGUUGCCCAACCAAGAGUCUACUCAAACUCGCAAGCAGAUAGUGAACACAUUGUCAACCGUGUAAAAAGAUCAUCUGAGACAUCUGCAUCUCAAAUUACAACUAAAACAAAUGUAAAAGAACAAUCCCCUUUCAUCCAGCCAAUUAUUGACAAUAAAUUUUUAGCAAGUCCAAAGACAAAAAUUAAACACUCUGUAACAUCCAGUACUGAGACAACAACUUCCAUUUCCACUGGUUAUAUCACAGCUAACAUAUUUAAUACCAGUGUAGAACAGCAAACCAUUACAAUGCCAGGUCAUAUGAUGCUGUCUGAAGAUAAUGUUCAAUCCUCUGCAAAUUUAGUGACCUCACAGACUGGAGUGAAACAGUUUCAGCAAUAUGUUACUGAAACAAAGAAAUCUAUAGAAACUAACACUCAUACUCAAAUCCCCUUACAACCUGCUUUAAGUAACUACGCUGCUACAAAUAUUCAGCCUCUUAGUGAAGCCAACAGAGAUUUUAAAACCCCAUUAAGUCCCCGUACAGUAGCUAAACCUUGGGUUGCAACCAGAGCUUCCCCUCUACCCGAGCCAAGAGUGUGUAGAACCCCUACACGGACCUAUACUCCAACCUUACCACAGUGCCCUCAAACUCCUAUCUCUAUAAAUCAUACUACAGAAACAAAACACUCAUCAGUCGUUAUGAAAGACCAGAUUAACCUUCCCAUCAAACCUAUUCAAAAUAAUACACCCACUACUGCUGUUCAGCCUUCUGCUAAGUCAUUCACAGACAAUAUCUCAAAAUUCGACAUAAAAUCACCCACGACUAAGGACUCUUCAGGCCCUGAGGUAAAAAUACAUUCCCAAACACAACAGGUAAAAACAAACAUAGAAUCAAAUUCCAAUAAGGAAGGAAAACUCUCCCCACUGAAAAUCGAAGCUAGUCCUAUCCCUUUGACCGGUAAUACCAGUAAACCUUCUCUAAAAGCAAAACUUCACACUAAGCAGAUAGAAUCAAGACCUUCCUCUGCCACUGUAGAAACGAAACCCUCAGUUGUAAAAAGAGAUUUCUCAAGGUCUCCCUCCGAUUUGGUCCAGAUUAGCUCAAACAUCAGUAAUGUUCAGCCUGCGACAGAGCUACCAGUACAGAACAGUUCCCCUGCAGAGCCAGCAACAGAUACUGUCAUGAAACCACCCAUAGUUAAAGCUGCUGUGAUUGACUCUGCCACUCCUGCCUCUCUGCCUCAGGCCUCAGUCUCAGUCAAAGCUCCAUCCCCAAACAGAGGAAUGUCACCGCCAUCUCAACAAAAAACUGGACUGAAGGACAAGGACGUUCUGAAGACCAAAACUACACCUGUACCGACGGAAGCCCCAGCAGCCGAACCCUCCACGAAGUCAGCGACAUCAACUGCAUCUUCAACUUCUGACAAGAAGAUCGUUACUGCAAAGACACCCCCUUCAUCCGCUGAGCCGAAGGCAGCCCAGAAGCUGAAAGGUCUUAAGGGUAAGCUCAGUGGGUGGACACGGCUCAAGAAACACAUGGUUGUUGAGCCGGAGGAACCUACGUUUCCAGAGCCAGAGGCUAAAUCUCAGGUUGAUGCCAGUGGCAGCAAUGAGAAAACAGAUCAAGGUGGUAGUGAAGAGUCGUCAACAGACCAAUGUGCCAAUCAGGACGUCGUGGCGAAGGACAAAGAAGGUCCCAAGGCGUUGAAGAUGUGGGACGCCCUCCUCUUUCAGAUGUUCUCCACCAAAGAGAGAAUAAUGCAGCAUAUCAACACCACCAAGAAAGAUUCAGACAAGAAAAAGGCCUCCAAAGACAGUCAAGCAGAAGUUCCCUCUUUUGUCAAUCGCCUGCCAAUUUUACUCUACAGUCCACGUUUUGAUGCCAGGAAGCUUAAAGAAGCAGCAGAGAAGCCGCUCACAAAAAUAGCAGCAGUGUUUGAAAGGGGUUUGAUAAAACGCAAAACUCAGGAGGAUGAACGCAAAGACUUCAACAGAACAGCCAGAGGAUUCAAUCCAAAAUAAAGUUCAGAUAUGUAAUUUGAAAUGAUGCAAAAGUAUGUUCAGUAUUGAUAAAAGAUUUCUCUGUUGUGUAAUUCAUCAACAGAUAAAAAGAUGCAAUGAUCUCAGCUAGGAGAGUGAGCCUCAUAGGAAAGGAAUCAUCUGAAGACAAUUUGGAAGAAAAUAGAUAAUAAAUGUAAAACCAUUUGUGCAUUUGUGCAAUAGAAUAGCUGAAGUUACUUUUAUAAGUUUGGGCUACAGUGAGGAGGUAGAUUAUUCUAAAGGGAAAAAAAAGAUUAAAAGCAUUAUUGAUUACUGCUCACCAUCUACUUGACCCAAUUGGUCUUUGAAUUUUUACUUUUAAAUCAAAGAAAUUUCACUAAAACAAAAUUCAUCCCAAUGUAAAAUAAUGGUAUAUUUCUGAUGUUCUCAUCAUUUGUGUUUAUCGAGGAUGUAGUUAGUGUAUAAGUACCUGUGAUAGCUUUUAGAGGUCAACAAUAUUACUAGAGCUGUGAUACACGGGUGGCGUCUUUGCACUUUUAAUAAAAAAAUAAAACAAAGAUGAAAAGUUAAGGCAAAGAAAGCAAGGAACACUCUGCAACUGUACUUGGUUAGAUUUUUCUUUUUUCAUUUGAUGAUGGCCUAGAUUGGAUGUAGUGUUGAAUGCAUGAACUGUAGAUACUUUGAUAGGUAAAAGAUUGUUUCAUUUGUCAUGCUCUACCUUUUUCUAUUUUUCUAAACAAAGUGAGGCUUUUAGUGUACACCGCUGGUAGGCAGUUUUUAAUCUCUGUAAUAAAUAGGGCUUUUACAUUCCUGGACAACAGGGCAGAUGGGUUUUGAAUGAUGGAGUACAGAUGAAUGAAGGGUAAAGGUCUACUCAGAAAAGAUUUAGGUUUCUGCAAGUCAGGUAUGGAUGGCAAUGUGGUGGGAUAUAUCUGGGCUUUCGAUCAGGGCAGGAAACUACAACCACACAUGCUGGUACAUUGUGAGGUUGGGCAACAUGGUAACUAAAACCUCUUAUGAUGACAGAACAUAUGAUGGUACAGAGUCUGGUAUCCGAUUUAUAGGUGCUUAGAUAUUUUAGUUUCUAGUGUCUUGAGGGUUGGAAAAGUUGGGUGUGUUUGUUGGUUGGUCUGCCACUUUGGUCUUGACUGAAAUAUUUCAACAAAUGUUUGACGGAUGGCCAAGAAAUUUUGUAUAAACAUUCAUCAUCCCCAGAGGAUGAAUCCUAUUGAUCGUCUGACUUUUCCUGUAGCACCACCAUGAGAUUGAUAUCUUUGGUUCAGAAUGAAAUAUUUAAACGAUUAUUGGCUGGUUUGCCAUGAAGUUUGCUACAGAUAUUCAAGGUCUGUAGACGAUUAAUUCUAAUGAUUUUGGCGAUCCUUAGUAUCUGGCUGUAGACUGUAAAGUUUUGUUGAUCCCAAUUGACUACAUUGUAAGGGGAAGUCAGACUGCAUUCAGAUAACUGACAUUACAAUUGCUUUUUGGUGUAAAUUUUAACCAUCAUUGCCCAGCCCUAAUACAUCCAACAAUCAAAUUGUUGUUUCACCAUAUCACUGGUGUUUUGUGAAAACUCAACUCAAACCUCAAGCUCUUCUGCCAGCUGAAGAAAGUCUUGUGGAAAAUUGUGGUAUUUUCAGGUAUUAUGAGAGUAUGUGAAAGUAUGUAUGUGUGAGACUGUUUUCCUAAGAUCCAGAAAGUUGGAGAUUAAUCGUUUUCAUCCAACUGCGAUGACAUGAUAAUAUUUCCAGUCAGUGUAACAGAUAAACGUAGUGACAAGCAUCGUUCUGGUGGUGGACUGUAUUUUCCUGUUUUGUGAUGGAUCGUCCAGGCCAUGAACAACAUUACUGAGUUAGGACUGUAAUAAGGAUGUGGAAGUGAAUACCAAUGAUGAUUAGAGGCCUGCUGUAGGAGGACAGACUGAAGGAAAUUAAGUGACAGUUUGAGGAAGAGGGCAGAUGUUACACGUGGUAUGUGAUAUUUUAACAGUUUUGGAGGAUAUUGCUGCUGUAGUAGCAUGUUGUUGUAGAGGUGAUUUUGACCCUUUUUGUCUCUAGACUGGAUUUUAAAAUUGUUUUCCACAGGAUGACCAUCAUGAUGUGGAAUUUCUUUUACUUGAGGGGCUUCUUUACCCCUAUAAGCUAACUACGGCCCCAUUUAUUACACUGAUGCUUAAACUUAAUAUAUUUUUGUUAAUGUGUGAUUCUCAAAAAUGCAUAAAGUUGAAUGUGAAA